AUGGGUUCCGUCGAGCAGUCCACUUUGCCCCCAGAUUUCGUUUGGGGGUUCGCAACCGCCGCAUAUCAAAUUGAAGGAGCUGUAAACGAAGAUGGUCGUGGUCCGUCGAUUUGGGAUACAUUUUGCAAGAUCCCCGGCAAAAUCGCCGGUGGCGGCUCUGGGGAUGUGGCUUGCGACUCGUACCAUCGAACACAUGAAGACAUUGCCCUGUUGAAGGAAUGCGGUGCUGGUGCUUAUCGAUUCUCUCUAUCCUGGUCCCGCAUCAUUCCCCUCGGCGGCCGCAAUGACCCCGUCAACAAGAAAGGCUUGCAAUUCUACACAAAAUUCGUCGACGAUUUGAUCGCAGCGGGAAUUACGCCCAUGAUCACGUUGUUCCACUGGGAUCUUCCCGAUGAACUCGAUAAGCGGUACGGCGGAAUGUUGAACAAAGAAGAAUUCGUUGCCGAUUUUGCGAACUAUGCGCGGAUAGUCUUUGAUGCAUUCGGUUCCAAGAUCAAACACUGGAUUACUUUCAAUGAGCCCUGGUGCAGCAGUGUUCUUGGAUACAACACUGGAUCUUUCGCUCCUGGCCACACAAGUGAUCGCACCAAGAGUUCGGUAGGUGAUGGCUCAACAGAGCCGUGGAUUGUGGGACAUAGUCUGCUCGUGGCUCAUGGAGCCGCAGUAAAGAUUUACCGCGAUGAAUUCAAAGCACGAGAUGGAGGUGAAAUUGGGAUCACGCUGAAUGGUGACUGGGCUGAGCCAUGGGAUCCGGAGAACCCAGCCGAUGUCGAAGCCUGUGAUCGAAAGAUUGAAUUCGCAAUCUCGUGGUUUGCAGACCCAAUUUACCAUGGAAAGUACCCAGACAGCAUGAUCAAGCAACUGGGCUCUCGCCUGCCGUCCUGGAAUGCAGAGGAUAUUGCCCUGGUACACGGUAGUAACGAUUUCUACGGUAUGAACCACUACUGUGCCAAUUUCAUCCGUGCUAAGACCGGAGAGCCGGAACUUGAUGACAUUGCGGGCAAUUUGGAGCUGCUACUCGAAGACAAGAACGGCGUCAGCGUUGGGCCUAUCACACAGUCACCUUGGCUACGACCCUCUGCGAUUGGAUUCCGGAAGCUGCUCAAAUGGCUCAGUGAGCGGUACGGAUAUCCCAAAAUCUAUGUCACGGAGAACGGGACUAGCGUGCUGGGCGAGAAUGACAUGCAGCUGGACGAGCUGCUCAAUGAUGAAUUCCGCGUACAGUAUUUCCGGGAUUAUAUCAGCGCCAUGGCUGAUGCUUUUACAUUGGACGGUGUCAAUGUGCGGGCUUAUAUGGCUUGGAGCCUUAUGGACAACUUUGAAUGGGCUGAAGGGUAUGAGACUCGGUUCGGUGUCACCUUUGUUGACUACGAAAAUGGCCAGAAGAGGAUUCCCAAAAAGAGCGCCAAGGAGAUUAGCCAGAUCUUCGAUCGGUUAAUUGAGAAAGCUUGA